UGUCUUUUUUUAAAUAGAUAAAUGUUUUCAGAAGUUUUCAGAAGCACUGCAGAAGCAGGACAGAAGAAGCUCCAUGAUACUGUAGAUAAGCAUUAACGCAUUAACAUGAGGAUCCCCGCCCUCGUGGUUCACCUGCGCUGGUCGGUGCGCGCGGCGGCGGAUUUAGUGCGCAGACUCUGUAGCGCUCCUCCAGCGCUCACAAGCGAGGCGGCAGAAAACCAACAGCGGCGGCGCCUUUGAAUCUCUCUCCCCGGUCAGACUCUCGUGUAAACUGACACAGAGUAGACCACAGAUCCUGAGAGUCUGAAGGUUUUGUCUGAGCGUGAUGCACGUAGUUGGAGUCGCCAAACAAAAAGCUGCAGCCAAACUUUUCAGCUCGAGGAGCAACACAACUUCCCUCAACUGUUUUUUUUUUUCCCCUGAGUGGAUGUAAGAAGAUUGUCGGCUUCUGUGCGGCUGACUUGGGACUAACAACACAGAAUGCACAGGCGCUGUUUUGAGCAGAUGUCCACGACCUCUAGAUCAGCAGCUCCCCGUGACGCACCGAUGACUUUUCCCUUUUGUCUUGGACAACUUUGUCGUUACGCGCAGGUGCGUCUGCGCUCUUGAGGCGCACUAACAUGCUUCUAAGAUAACAGCUUUUAAGAGAACUGCUUUAUCUGACGCGUGCUCCAGCUUUCUUUUCGCUCACUCAUUCUAUCAAAUAAGACACUACACUGACAAUUAUGGCGCUUUGGUAUCAGAGUUGAGAUCCAUCCCGGCUUUAACGCAGAAAGCAUGCUGGGAAGCCCGUCCAAUAACGGCGGUGUGAGGAUGCUCGCUCCCCCCGCGGCCGACGACGACAGGCGCGUGGAGUUCGUGGCGCUGGCGGCUGUAAACACAGAACCUCCAAGUCCUGAGCGUGCGCAGCCUUCACAGCGCACCGGCCUGUUGGGGACUCCGUUCCCCGCUCCCCCCGGACCCCGAGCCACCACAUCCGCCUCCAGCAAGCGCUACCGUAAGAUCCAGAACUUCCUCUACAACGUGCUGGAGAGGCCAAGAGGAUGCGCCUUCAUCUACCACGCGUUCAUUUUCCUGCUGGUGUUCAGCUGUCUGGUGCUCUCUGUUUUCUCCACCAUUCCCACUCAUCAGGAAACUGCCAACCAGGGCCUCUUCAUCUUGGAGUUUGUGAUGAUCGUGGUGUUUGGAUUAGAGUAUAUUGUGAGGGUUUGGGCAGCUGGCUGCUGCUGUCGAUACAGAGGAUGGCAGGGUCGUCUCCGUUUUGCCAGGAAACCCUUCUGCGUUAUAGACUUUAUCGUGUUUGUGGCAUCUCUGGCUGUGAUAGCGGCUGGAACGCAGGGGAACAUCUUUGCCACAUCGGCUCUACGCAGUAUGCGCUUCCUGCAGAUCCUGCGUAUGGUGCGCAUGGACCGCAGAGGAGGCACCUGGAAACUACUGGGAUCUGUAGUCUAUGCACACAGCAAGGAGCUUGUCACAGCAUGGUACAUUGGCUUCCUGGUGCUGAUAUUUGCCUCAUUCCUGGUCUAUUUGGCUGAAAAGGACAUCAACACAGAGUUCUCUACCUAUGCAGACUCCCUCUGGUGGGGAACUAUUACCCUCACCACAAUUGGCUACGGUGACAAGACUCCACACACAUGGCUCGGUCGGCUUCUAGCAGCUGGCUUUGCCCUGUUGGGGGUCUCUUUUUUUGCCCUGCCUGCAGGAAUUCUCGGUUCAGGUUUUGCACUGAAGGUGCAGGAGCAGCACAGACAGAAACACUUUGAGAAGAGGAGAACUCCAGCAGCCACUUUAAUACAGGCAGCAUGGCGUCUCUAUUCUACAGAUGCUCGUCAUUCAUAUCUCACAGCCACCUGGUACUUCUAUGACAGUAUGCUCCCGUCCUUCAGAGAAUUGACGUUACUGUUCAGUCACCUUCAACGGCAACGUAACACCAAGAAGUUUCUUCACAACUACCACACGCUGCUGUCAGGGCUUCGGCCCUACAGUUCCCUCUAUGUGUCGGGGGACAGUGGGAAGAUUGGAUUUCGUGACCGCAUUAAGAUGAACAGUUCACGCUCCACUCAGGCACUUCGGAGCAAGGUUUCUUCCCCUGUACCACCAGGGAGUGUGAGGCAGUCCCCAAGCAACGAGAACGUACCGGAAUCCACCAGUCCUACUAAGGUGCAGAAGAGCUGGAGUUUUAACGAUCGAACUCGCUUCCGCACUUCCUUGCGGCUGAAAGCGCGCCCUGCUACAGAUGUAGAAGGAGUAGGGGAAGAAAACACAGAGGACAAGUCAUACUGUGAUGUUGCUGUAGAGGAUGUCAUCCCAGCAGUGAAGACUCUGAUUCGAGCUGUUAGGAUCCUGAAGUUUUUGGUCGCCAAGCGCAAGUUUAAAGAAACGCUACGACCCUAUGAUGUGAAGGAUGUGAUCGAGCAGUAUUCAGCUGGACACAUAGACAUGCUGGGCAGAAUUAAGAGCCUGCAGAUGAGGGUAGAUCAGAUUAUAGGCCGUGGUGCUGUUCUGUCUGAUAAAAGGGGAAGGACAGAAAAAGGUGAAAAGACUCCUCCGGAACUGGAUCCACUGGACGAGCUGAGCAUGAUGGGACGUGUAGUUAAGGUGGAGAAACAGGUGCAGUCCAUUGAGAACAAGCUGGACCUGCUGCUGAACUAUUAUUCUCAGUGCCUAAAAAAGGGCUCGUCCCAUUUCACACUGUCCUCCUUACUGGAGCCUGACCUCACCUCUGACUACCACAGUCCCACUGACCAGAGAGAGCUCUUCCCCUCUGCGAACACACUCAACAUCUCCCAUUCAGACAGCGGCAACAUGGAGUGAGACCUCAAGGAAGAUGAGCUGGGACUGCAGCCACGGGACAUGCAGCCAGGAGCUUCAACUCUUUUCUUUUCAGCCUUUCAAAUGCUCCAGCCAUUAUCACAUUCUGACAUGGCGUCGGCUACCUCUACACUGAUGUAUGACUUUAAGAUGUUUUAUGACUCGAGUCUGCACCUUGUUACGACCCCAUUAUGAUGUUUAUGUCCAUCAAUAUUUGAAUGUUAUGAAUGUACAAUUAGUUUGUUUGCCUAUUAUCAGCACUAGACCUUUGUUUCUUUUUAUUUCUGAAUCCAGUAUUUGUCACAUAAUAUGCACCUCAUAUUUAAUAUUCAUGUCUUUUGUUGUUCUAAGUCACUUAAAGACCUCUACCUUUGUGCUCAUCUGCAUUUUCUAAAAUUAUUAUUUUCAUAUGUAUGUGGUGUUAAAAGAAGUCUGUGUGUAAACACUGAUAUGUCCUGUGAAGAAAAAUAAGUGUAUAAGAUAUUAAGAGCUAAAGAGGUUUUUCUUUAGUUCUUGUGUCCUGGUAACAUUUCAGUCUUCCGAAGGAGGGGCAUGGAGCACUGUAAAACACUAAUGACCACUAAAAACUGUUUCAUUUCCUGUCACCUCUUCCAUCUCUUAAAACCCCACAAAUGUCUUUGUAUUACAUUUUAUGCACAUUUCAUUUGUCCUUUAUUUCUCAAUGCUGUGAUAAUAAUUCUUAACAUGGAAUAGUUCUUUUUGCUGUUUUAUUUUGUUAAAAUCUGUACACUUCAAUAAGAAUUCUAUUUUUCUGAGAUUACGGAUUUAAUCUUCAAAUGAAUUUGAAUGGAGUUUGAA